AUGAAGAGCAAUCUGUUGAACACCGCUGAUCCACCGUUAGCAAACGUACACAUCAUUGACGACCGCACGCGUGUGAUCUUCGGUGUCGAUCCACGUGCAGCUGCAACUCGCUCUUCCGUCAAGUCGGCCGAACAAAAGAAGAAAAACUUGUUCCAACCAGCGGAUUUGUUGCACCUCACUAGCGGUGACACCUUUGAUGCUGAUGAGCAGCUAGAGUCCCCAGCCUCCGCGAGAAAUUCAAACAUAGCUUCCAUGGGGGACACAGAAAAUCUGGACCUACUGGCAUGUGUGGCCCUGGCUACUCAUUCGAAGAAGAGGCAGCAGCCAGCUCAUGGAGCGCCAUCCAAAGAAGCUGUCACAGCCGACAGCCUACCACCAGCUGAGCAGCAGCCAAGUCACACAGAAUAUUCGACGGCAUACUUUGACGCCUACUACGAUGCUUCACCCCAAGAGACGACUGAGACAGGUUUCCUAUCACGUGAUGAGCAGCAGCCUGUCCAUGUUCCAUCGUCUUUUGAGGCAGCCAACUCAACACCACCAGCUGAGCAGCGAGCCAGCUAUGAAUCAACGGAAUGGGGAGUAGCUGAUGAGGACACGCAAGGUGCACAUACCAUCUCCAACGCCUCCACACCCACACAGCAGGAGCCGGUUCGAGGAGCAUUGAAUCAAGGCUUCACCGCAAUCAAUCCCCGAGCGACAAAUGGAGGGCUCUCUCGCAUUAAUCCUCGGCCACUCCCUGGCUACAUGCCAGCCGCCAUAGGGCCAAGUGGCGGCCGUCAGCCAAUCAUAAAGAAGUCGCGAAAAUGCAAACCCCGCACCACGGGCUUCAAUAGAAAGACCGGCGAGGGUAUGCUGACCGAGGUGUGCAACAUAGCGACACCUGCGAAAGGGACGCCAGUGGCACAUACCAACAAGGACGGAAGGUACCGCUGCGCACGAUGCAAGGGCCGUUUCACUAGGACAAGGACUGUCAAGGAUCACUUCAUUACGUGUGUCAACAAGUAUGGGAAUCCGAAUAAAUUAAGCUGGUAUGAUCAUCCAACCCUCGCAAAGUCCAAGGACUGGCAUCUUGGAAGCCUGGCGAUGGCGAAGGAGGCGGAGGACGGAACUGAGUGGGAGGAGGAUGAUGACGAGCAGGAGCAAGAUCAAGAGGGAGAUGACGAUUUCCCUGAGCAGCAUGUGGACGAUAGUAUCGCUUGGGCAAUUGAGUCUGAUACUGCCGCUGAUGAAGAAGAUGAAGACGGAGAUUCUCAUAUGGGGAAUGAGGACCAAGGCAGAGAUGGCAAUAUCUCCGCGGCAUCGACUCCAUACUAUACACCCAACGAAGGAUCUUCACUCUCUGCCUCCAUUCAAGGGUCUCGAUUCCAUACACCUCAGGAAGGGUCUGACACUCCCGGCUAUGGGCCUGACGGCUAUCGAACUCCGGUACCUAGCAAUAUCAGAGGAUGGAGCGCAACUCCUCGCUACACAGGAGGGUCAUACACUCCCAGCUUUGGACGUGGCUACGAGACUCCAGUACAGAAUUUCGGUUACGAUUCCGACCUGUCUAGGGAUACGGAUAUUAUCCGUAGACGCGAGACCGAAGGGUACGGUGACGAGACGCCGACUCCUGGCUAUGAUGAAGAAGGAGACUUUAUCAUGGCUGAAUUCUAG